CGCGGGCGGCGGGCGGGUGUCGCGGCGUGGGCAGGUCCGUGAGAAGUUCGCCGAGUCCGCCCGGGGCGGAGGCGCGCCCGUGUCCCUGAGAGGGCAGCCGCCGCCCGCUCGGCAUGGCCGGCCGCCUCGGCCGCUGGAUGUGCUGGGGCAAGCGGGGUCGGGGCUGCCGGGGCGGGGGCACGCUGCUCGCCCUGGGGCUUCUGGCCGCCCUCGGCUUCCUCGUGUGGCGGCACGGCCCGCCGCCCCGCCACGCCGCCCGCCGCGCCCCGCCGCAGCCGCCGUCCCCCGACAGCGAGCUGCUGCGGCGGCCGGUGUACGCGAAGCCGGCGCUGGACCCGGGGGCGCUGGGGGAGCUGGGCCGGGCGGUGCGGCUGGAGCUGAGCCCGGCCGAGAAGCGCCGCCAGGAGGAGAGCAUCCGCCGGCACCAGAUCAACAUCUACCUGAGCGACCGCAUCUCGCUGCACCGCCGCCUGCCCGAGCGCUGGAACCCGCUAUGCAGAGAGAAGAAAUAUGAUUAUUAUAGCCUGCCGAAAACCUCUGUUGUGAUAGCUUUUUAUAACGAGGCUUGGUCAACGCUUCUGCGAACUGUUCACAGUGUUCUUGAGACAUCUCCGGAUAUACUUUUGGAAGAAGUUAUUCUUGUAGAUGAUUACAGUGACAAAGAACAUUUAAAGGAGACUUUGGAAAACUACGUGGCUGGCCUACGCAAGGUACGUCUGAUCCGUGCAAAUAAGCGAGAGGGGCUGGUUCGAGCCCGGCUGCUGGGGGCGUCUGUGGCGAAAGGUGACAUCCUAACAUUCCUGGACUGCCACUGUGAAUGCCACGAGGGCUGGCUGGAGCCGCUGCUGGCAAGGAUUGCUGAAGAAGAAACAGCUGUUGUCUGCCCUGUUAUUGAUGUUAUUGACUGGAAUACAUUUGAGUACUUGGGAAAUGCUGGUGAGCCACAGAUUGGUGGAUUUGAUUGGAGGCUGGUCUUUACUUGGCAUAGUACCCCUGAAAGAGAACAAAAACGGAGGAAGUCCAAGACCGACGUCAUCAGAGUUACUGUCCUCUUUUAUAGGUCUCCAACCAUGGCAGGUGGAUUAUUUUCUGUGAGCAAAAAGUAUUUUGAUUAUCUUGGUUCCUAUGACACAGGAAUGGAAGUCUGGGGAGGAGAAAACCUUGAGUUCUCAUUUAGGAUAUGGCAGUGUGGAGGAAGUCUUGAGAUCCAUCCUUGCUCCCAUGUAGGUCACGUUUUCCCCAAACAAGCUCCGUACUCACGGUCCAAAGCUUUGGCAAACAGUGUGCGUGCAGCUGAAGUGUGGAUGGAUGAAUACAAACAGCUUUAUUACCACCGCAACCCACACGCUCGCCUGGAGCCAUAUGGAGAUGUGACAGAAAGGAGACUUCUACGAGAGAAGCUGAAAUGUAAGGACUUCAAAUGGUUCUUGGAGAACGUAUAUCCAGAACUUCACGUACCUGAGGACAGACCAGGUUUCUUUGGAAUGCUGAAGAAUAGAGGAAUGGAAAACUUCUGUUUUGAUUAUAACCCUACAAAUGAACAGCAAGUAACUGGACAGAGGGUCAUACUCUACCCAUGCCAUGGCAUGGGACAAAAUCAGUUUUUUGAGUACACAUCCCAUAAUGAAAUACGUUACAACACACGACAACCAGAAGUCUGUGCUGCAGUCGAUUCAGGGACUGACUACUUGACAAUGUACUUGUGUCAAGAAAAUGUCCACAGCGUUCCUGAAAACCAGAAGUUUCUUUUCAGAAAGGACGGUACCCUGUUUCACCCACAAACCCAGAAGUGCUUACAAGCCGAGGCAAAUGCUUACAAUGGGAACCCAGCACCAUUGUUACGACGUUGUACCAACUCGGACUACCAAAAAUGGUUCUUCAAAGAAAGAAGUUGAUCCAGAUGUUGUCUAGGAUAUAGCUGAAUACAAAAAAAUAUGCUCUUUCUAGUCAGCAGUUAGUCUGCUGAAAGCAGUUAGUGUUUUGAAAGUCUCGUAAGUGAUAUAUUUUUGUAUGGAAAGAACUGUAAUUAGUUUACAAGCCUUGGAUCUCAUUUCCUGGAGCUUUAGAAGGCACUAAGUAUUGAGAGCUUCAUAAAGUGCUGCAGAAUCUUCUCCUUUUCUCUUUGUUUGGCAGCUACAUAACCGCUUCUGAAGUGUCUUAGGUUCUUUUCACAGGUGACAAUGUAUUUUUUUAAUCUACUGUGUGGAAAUAAGGCAGUCAAAAUAAUUGCACUAAUGUUAAUCUGCCAAUAACUUAAAAUGUCUAUUUUUCUACCAAAACAUUCUGCAGCUGGGUCUUUUAACAGAUAGUAGUUAAUAAUUAUUCUCAUCUUUUAAAUACCAAGAAGGUAAAUGUAGGCCAUAUUCUGCCCUAAGUGACUACCACAAAGCCCUCACUGAAGACAGUGUGGAUUUACACAUGAAAGCAGAGUAUGUCUGCACAUUUUUGCACAAAUAACAAUCUAGAUGCAUACAGAUUGCACAUGCUUGACAAUACUAUACCUUCAAUGUUCUGACAAUUUUAGAUGUUCGUGGCACUUGACAAGUUUCUAAUCAUGCUUAAGAUUGGUUUGGGAGUAAAAUGGGGAUUUUCUCAUCUUUCUUAAAGGCAGAAGGCAACAAUAUUUAAAGGUGAUGCUUUGGGAAAAGCUAUUUAGAUUCAUAUGGGCCCAGAUAUGUGGCUGUGUCCUGGAAUGCACAACCAACUUUAACAUUAUGUGGAUUUUCAAUAUGCAUAAAACUUUCAAGAAAAGACCUACCAAUAAUUCUUUUGAAAAAAUUUCAAAAUUACAGUUAGAGAAAAUGAAUCUUAAAAUGUAAGUGUUUAAAUGAUUCAUGUAAAAAUGAUUGUAUUUUAAAAAUGGUUUGGCAACUGAUUUCUUUGAAAUGCAGCUAAUAUUAAUACAAAAAGGAUUGUCUUUUGAGUAUAACUUGCAUUUUUUCUGGGAACUCCUUUUAGAUGAGUUGACCCUGCAUAUGGUCCUGUUGAAAACAUGGGGUCUAAUCUGCACCCAUACAGGAUGGUUUGUGCCCUGGUGUGUGGGAUCUGCCUCGCCCCAUCAGACAAGUUGUGUGUGUAUAGCAAUGUAUCUGGCCAGUGACCAUCAUUAGAAGGGUUUCAGCUCAUAAAAAGAGUUUCUUUUUCUGUCAGAUGAAGGAAUGCUUAUGUGUAGAAGGAUGAAAAUUUCAACCUUUUUCCUCUCAGAAGUCUUGGCAUCUGUUUUGAUUAGUUUGGUAUGUUUUGUUAUUUGCUUUUGUUCGUGUUUUCUGUAAAAAAUGUACAGCCUUUUCUUUGAAUCCCCAUAAGCUCAUGCCAUUUUGGCAUACCUAUUUAUAUGAUUGGGGUGUGGGGGGAGGGUUCUGUCUAUAGGAGAUACAUGUAUAGGUUCUUCCAAGGUCUUUCUAACCCAUGUAGAUAGAAUGUUUUUGUGAGCACCUUUAAAGUUUUGUCUCUGUGGGCCGGACUGAUGAAACUGAUGUUAGAAUUAAUAAAAUAUUUUGUGAUUCAGUAGAGUAGGAAAUGUCUUAUCAACUAUUUCUUCUUUUUCCUAUGGUCAGUGGUUUUCAUUCAAUCAUUUUGCUGAUCUCUUCGACCCAGAUCCCUGCAGCACUUGGGAGAACACAGCUUUAUUUUAUGGUGUCUCAGGUUCUGUUUCCUGAACUCAGUAAUGCUUCUGUUCACCUGGUAGCAGCAGUGGUUUACACUUUGUGGAGCCACAAAUCAAAAGUGGGUGGCUGAAUGAGAGAACAGCAAGGAUUUUCUAUUAAUUUUUGCUUUUCCUUCUUGGCUGCUGAUUGAACAAUGUUAGUAAGCUGAUAAAAGCCCAGCUACUAGAAUCAUGGCCAAAGCUCUCAUUGACUUCCAUUCUCAGUGAGGUUUGAGUUUUGGUAUUUCAAGAUUUCAUCAUCAGAUGGUGGUAUACAAGUGAAACUUAGUAACUGGAAAUUAUUUUCUAUACAUCUUUUCACUUUGCCCUUGUUUAGAGGAAAGUAUUGAUGUUUUUGGCUUCCUGCAGCUGAGAUGCUUUCACAUAUGCCAGCAAACCAGCUAGCCUGGGUUGCAUAUUUGCUGCACAAAUACACUUGAGUUCAAAAGCAAACACCGAGCAUUAGCAAUGCCACCAGCUUGCUCCCUCUGUGUUGGCCUUUCAGUCCAUCUACUCACCAUUUUUUAUUCCUUGAUACCCUUUUCUUCUUUUCAACUCACUGGAGUUGUACUAAUGUCUGGCUUCAGGUUUGGAGGGUGAAGGACUCCAUCAAGCAUCCAAGUAGUAAUGCACAUCUUCAGACUUCCUUUAACAUCUCCAGGGUUCCUUUUGCAGGAGGUCAGAGCUACCUGCUGAGGAAUGGACUGUGGACUUUGGACUUCUCCUGAGCAGAGAUGGGGCUGGAUGCCUCAUAGAAAUGGAAAAAUGGCAGGAUUUCAGUCACAAACCAGUGCUUAUUUCUUAGUCUUUGUAUUCCUGUAUUUAUUUAUUUAUUUUACAAAGACAUCUAGACUACAGUCAGGUGCCUAAUUAUCAUAUUUAUUUGAAAUCAUCAGGUAAUGAUUUUGACUUUUUUUCAUUUUUCACUCACCAUUUUCCUUUCAUUUAAAAAUUGUGGGUCUUCAACAUGGGCUAGAACUUACUGGGUUUUCACUUCAACAGAAGACAGUACAUGAACCUUCCCCUAAGAAAUAAACCACUAAAACCUCUGUA